AUGCCUAGCGCCAAGAAGCCCUCCAUGGAGCAUCCUCCUGCGCCCAUUGCCGACCUCGUUGACACCUUCAAGCAGGAGAUCCCUGUCGAUAUCACCGACACAAAUCCUUUCUCCCUAGACAUGAGCCAAGGUAUGCCGCGCAAGGCCCUGCCGCCUUUUACUCUGAGCCGGACGCCUGUUCGUCCUCGCACCUCGGCUGAGAUGUUCGCGGAACUCUUGCAGGUUGACCAGACCCCAGAACACAUUCCCUCCCGCCCCGUGACGCCGACACCGUACCGUCGCCCUCAAACCCCUGUAAUCAAGUCCUCCCCCAAGUCGGGGUCGCCGCCCUUUAGGACACCGGAGAGCAACCGCACCAUCACCCGUCUGCGGGUUGUCGAAAUGGAGACCAGCCCGACGUCAUCGUCGGGUUCCCAACGGAGCUUCGACACCGAGGGCGACGUGCGGAUGCGCAACGGCACGUGGACCAGCCCUGAGGCGGCGCGCUUCCAUCAGCGAGAGGAGAUUCGGGCCAUGGUCGUUCAGAGCGUGCACGACAACUUCGAGUUCGAGCGGGACCGGUUCGGGGACGGGAUCCAGGGGCAGGUUCUCGCGACGAUCGCAGAGGAUGUCAAGUGGCUCGUUCACGACAACUUCGAGGCCGCGCUGGCGAGGGCGAUGGGGCGGCCUGAGGAGAACGAGACGGUAGCGGUGCAGCUUGUCAGGGAGCGGCUGGGGCGGCUGAGCGACGAGGCGCGGGUGAGAGUGUUCUGUACGCCUGAGAUGCUGGAGAUGUUGAAGAGGCUGGUUAGUUUGGUGGACUUGGAGAUUAGGACGGAGGCGUGGAGUUUGGUCGAGGUGGAUGACAAUUGGAUCGGAUAG